CUCCUCCCUUAUAGCAUGUGAGAGGGGGAAAGGUUCAGGCAAUAGCUAUGUGUUUGCCAAGGACUGGUUGAGCUCCCUGAAUGGAAGUUGGCAGUACCUCUGGCUAAAUCGUACUUUGGUUUCAUAUUUUAGGGCAGGUUUGGCACGAGGCUGCACAAUGACGACUGAUUGGGAUUAUGACUACCUGAUCAAGCUCUUGUCGUUAGGGGACUCUGGAGUGGGGAAAACCACUUUCCUCUACAGGUACACCGACAACAAGUUCAACCGCAAGUUCACCACCACAGUGGGAAUAGACUUCAGGGAAAAGAGAGUGACGUAUUUGGGGACUGGCUCUAAUGGAACGACAGAGAAGACUUUUAAAGUGCACCUACAGCUCUGGGACACAGCAGGGCAAGAGAGGUUCAGAAGUCUCACUACAGCCUUCUUCAGAGACGCAAUGGGCUUCCUUCUUAUGUUUGAUCUGACCAAUCAGCAGAGUUUUCUGAAUGUCAGGAACUGGAUGAGUCAGCUACAGGCAAAUGCCUAUUGUGACAGUCCAGACAUAGUCUUAGUUGGCACCAAAGCAGACCUCAAAGACCUGAGAGAUGUACAAGGAACACAAGCAAGGGACCUGGCGGACAGAUAUUGUGUCCCCUACUUUGAGACGAGUAGUGCCACAGGGGAUGAGGUAGACCAGGCAGUGACCACUCUGCUGGACCUGGUGAUGAGGCGCAUGGAGCAGAACACAGAGGGGCCUGUGUCAGAGGCUGCCAAUGGGAGCGCAGUCAUUAACAAAGUGGCCGAAACCUCCACCAGCAGGAAGUGUGCCUGUUAGGAUGUCAGCCACAUUUCAUGGACAUGUGGUUGGCUGCAUUCAGAAUGAAGGACCAUCCAUUCAAAUGUUUAACUAUUGCAUCAUAGGAGUUUUAUUAUAUUGGAAAGUUCAAUUAUCCCAUACAGUAUUUUAAGGAUGUGUAUUAUCUUCUUAUGCAAUAAUGUGUGUUUAUUUUUGGAUUGAUAACUGCUGCACUGGCUAUUUAUUCCCGACCUGGUUAGUAUUAUUUUCAGAGUCUGUACUUGUGCUGUAUGUUAAUGACCCAGAUACGAGUAAUAUAACACACAAUCCAGUUUUAUAACAUUUGUAAAAUGAUUAAAAAGUACAUGAAAGCA